UGUUCUGCUGCGCAUACUGCAGUGCUGAGCAGAGCCGCAGAGUGUGUCUGUGUCUGUGUCUGUGUCUGUGUGUGUGUGUGUGUGUGUGUGUGUGUGUGUGUGUGUGUGUGUGUGUGUGUGUGUGUGUGUGUGUGUUCGUACACGAAUGUGUGUUUAUGUGUGUCAGCUGGCCAGACGGGAAAUGUGCCUGCCUCGGCUGCUGCUACUCCACACUGUAAGAGGAGAGAAGACAGAGCAGGGACGAAGCAGAGAGCGAGGAAACAAGAGGCCUUCAGCCAUGCCACGAGUGGACGCCGACCUCAAACUGGACUUUAAAGAUGUCCUGUUGAGACCAAAGAGGAGCAGCCUAAAGAGCCGGUCUGAGGUAGACCUGCAGAGGACUUUCACAUUCCGCAACUCAAAGCAGACAUACAGUGGCAUCCCGAUCAUCACUGCUAACAUGGACACCACGGGUACUUUUGAGAUCGCCCGGGUAAUGAGCAAGCAUACGCUCUUCACCGCCAUCCACAAGCAUUAUACGCUGGAAGAAUGGAAGACAUUUGCAUCCAAUCAUCCAGAGUGCCUAGAGUAUGUGGCUGUGAGCUCAGGCAGUGGGCAGGCAGAUCUGGAGAAAAUGUGCAGCAUUCUGGAAGCCAUUCCACUCAUUAAGUACAUCUGCCUGGAUGUGGCCAAUGGAUAUUCCGAGCACUUUGUGGAAUUCGUCAAAACAGUCCGGGGGAAGUUCCCUAACCACACCAUUAUGGCUGGAAACGUUGUGACGGGUGAGAUGGUGGAGGAGCUCAUUCUGUCUGGAGCCGAUAUCAUCAAAGUGGGCAUCGGACCGGGUUCUGUGUGCACCACUCGCAUCAAGACCGGCGUGGGCUACCCUCAGUUAAGUGCUGUUAUUGAGUGUGCAGAUUCUGCUCAUGGACUGAAAGGACACAUCAUCUCUGAUGGAGGCUGCAGUUGCCCAGGAGAUGUUGCCAAGGCCUUUGGCGCAGGAGCAGAUUUCGUCAUGCUAGGAGGAAUGCUAGCAGGGCAUGACCAAUGUGCCGGUGAAGUCAUUGAAAAGGAUGGAAAGAAGUUUAAGCUGUUCUAUGGCAUGAGCUCAGACACAGCCAUGAAGAAAUAUGUUGGUGGUGUGGCAGAAUACAGGGCGUCUGAGGGCAGGACUGUGCAGGUGCCGUAUAAAGGUGAUGUUGAGGACACCAUCAGAGACAUCCUAGGCGGCCUGCGCUCCACCUGCACAUAUGUAGGAGCGGCCAAACUCAAAGAGCUCAGCCGCAGAACCACGUUCAUCAGAGUUACACAGCAAUCGAGCCAAAUGUUCACCUAAAGCCAUAAAGUACAACCAUACACUCAGAAAGCAAACAAACGUAGAACUCAGAGCAGUAGAGUAAACGCACUCUGAGACAUAUUUAUACAUGCAACCGUACCUCAUUGGGUCAGAUUUGCACAUGCACCUUGGAUACAAGUGGUCGCUGACUUCAUACAGGUGUAUUUCAUACAGUUAACUCAAAACAAUGCCAGAGAUUUUUUUUUUUUUAAUUUCGCACAGGAGCCAUGCUGUAGUGCUUGACAAAACAGCUCAUUUACAGCAAGAGCAUGAUUCAGCCUGUUGUUAAUAUAAGCCUUUAACCUCUCCAAAAAGAGGGUGCAAUGAUGAUAAGGUUCUAUAUGAAGGAUAUUGGAUAGGGCCUCAACAAAUUAGCCUUUGGGAAAAGAUAUUUGUGAAUUUAUUCAUUAAAACUAUGCAACCACUGAAAGGAUAUGAGCAAACAUGAGGUGCAAGAUGAAUAAAUAAAAAGGACUUCAAGUUCUCCUCAUACGUAAGAGUAAGAAUACGAUGUUGCCCAUGUGAAACAUUUUUGUGAAUGUGCUAAUAUUGGUGUAUGGUGUAACAUUGACUUGAUUGG